AUAAGAUUUUGUAUUAAAAGGAAGUUUCAGUUGUAAAAUUAUAAAAUUAUGAUUUGUAGAAAAUGUGAUGCGUCGGCGACUAUACUUAUAAGGAAGGAAUACUGGUAUUGUAAUACCUGCUUUAUAACUAACACAAAUCAUAAGUUUCGAGCAUGCCUUGGUAAAAGUAAAACAAUAUCAUCAAACGAAAAAGUGUUGAUCUGCUUAUCAGGUGGCGCAGAAUCUACCGUAUUACUGGACUUAGUCCACUGCGGUUUUACCUUAAAUGGCACCAAAAAAUUAAGGAUUAUUCCAUUUUUUUUGCAUAUAAUUGAAACCACUACAGAGGACAGCAUCAAGAAAGCUAAUCUCAUUAUCGAACAAUGUAAACAGUAUAAUUUUAAUCUGUAUUUGAUUAAUAUAAAUGAAUAUUAUUCCACAAAUAAUAAUAUACUAUCAGACCCUAAUAUAAUUCCAAAGACGAAGUCAGACACCCUAAAUAAUAUAAGGUUGAAUGUUUCUCCUUCAAUUUAUCAUGAUUUAAUAAUAAAAAUAAAAAGACAAUUAUUUCUUAGAAUUGCUAAAGAAUUAGACUGUAAAACUGUUUUUACUGCUGAAACCACUACACAACUAGCAAAGAAGUUGUUGUGUAAUCUGGCACUUGGACGAGGGUCACAAGUAGAAAAUGAUAUUGGAUUUGCUGAUCUAAGAGAAAAAUCUGUCAGAAUACUAAGACCUAUGAAAGAUAUAAUGAAUGAGGAAAUUGAUUACUUUGUAAAAGUCAAACAACUGAGUCCUGUUUAUGACUAUUCUAAUACAGAAAUUGGUCUACAGUCAGUGAUCAAUAACUUUGUUGUGGAUCUUCAAGACAAUUAUCCUUCUACUAUAUUUACUGUAUGUAAAACUGCUGAUAAAAUUGGAUCAAAUGAAAACACUAAUGAUGUGAAAAAUUGUACAUUAUGCCAGAGCAACAUUACAUUGGAAAGUGCCAACUUGACUGCAGUUGAUGCUACAAUAUUUUCUCGACAAAUGUGCUUCAAACAAGCUGAUGCACAUGAUGACAUUGAAGUUACACGGAAUAUAAGUGAAGAUAAAAAUCCUAUGUUUCCAAGUAUAUAUGAAACCUUAUGUUAUAGCUGCAGUAGAACUUAUUCAGAGUUAGAUAUUUGUGAAAUACCCCAUACUAAUUGAAGCGAUUUUAAAAAUAAAGAGUAGCUGAGUGCAGACAGAUUCAGUAUU